GCCAUUGAAGAUCCUUCCUUGACCUUGAGAAACACCCACAGAAACCAUGCCUUCCUCCCUCCUUGACAAGGACUGAGACAGAAAUCACGCGUCCUUUAUUACGACUGACGCACAGGUCACACCUCCUUGACCUUCUCAGAGGCUGUGAUUUAUGUAAUCGGGAAUCUUCUCCAUAUUUGAAUGGAGUGAUUAUAGAAGUUGAGUUAAUCGUAAACUCAAGCAACUGAUCCAGAAAACUAAACAUGGGCUGCACUGUCAUGUUAACCCCGCCUUAAAAUAAUCUUCAUGAUGGGAAACGGAUAUAUUUUUGUUGACCGUUGAGGGUAUUUCUAAAACUAUAAUCAUGUCUGCCAGCUUAUUCUUGGUGCUUUAUCUGUAAACCAUCUUUACAGCUGAUUACUGGAGGUUUACUGGCUGCUUGUGGAGUACGUGACUGCAUGCUAUGAGCUGUCAAGAGUGUGUGUAUGAGAGAAUGUUGGAGAAAACAAGCUGAAGUUUCAAUUCCCAUCAAUCAUUAGGGUCCAAAAGCUACUCAGCUUCCAGUUUAGUCACUUGAGCUGUGAGGUGAUUGCACCAAAAAUAGUGUGGGAGAGGAUAUAAAGAGCGAGCAGACACCACAGAGUGAGAGGUCUUGAAGCUCCACAGACUCGGACGACAAGACGACCCCAAGCCUAAUCCAAGCGGGAUUUUGAGAACGACCUACAGAACAAACUUUCCUCAAGAUGAUGAAAUACUACCAGUGCCCAGUGACCCAGAGUAUGACCUAUGAAGGGUGCAACACCAAAGCCGCCAGUCCGGGGACCUGCGUUCCUGCCCGCAAGUCCGUAAAACCGGUUCGCAAUGUCCACUUCCCCAAUGAUGUGGUCUUCCAGGAUUACGUCCGUCAUGGAGAGCUGGAGAGGAUCGGACGCUUUAUUCGGACCAGGAGAGUGACCCUGGAUACCAUGUAUCCUUCUGGUAUGGCAGCCAUCCACGAGGCCGUGCUCUCAGGGAACCUGGAGUGUGUGAAGCUGCUGGUGAAAUAUGGUGCUGACAUCAUGCAGAGAGAUGAAGACGGCUGGACGCCACUCCACAUGGCCUGCAGCGAUGGAUUCCCACAUAUUGCCAAGUUCCUGCUCUCUCUCGGUGCUGACCCCGAGGCCGAGAACGAAUGUGGAGAAAAACCCGCUGAUCUCAUCGACCCCGACUGCAAAGAGCUGGUUGAGAUGUUCGGCAUCGGAGGAGACUGAACCUUCAGCACAUCUGGUGCGUUGAAUCAGCUCGAUCAUCUUCUCCAUCUGAUGUUGAUGGAGUAAGACCCAGAGCAGAACCGCUGCUACGUGUAGCUCUUCUGGUGAAUAAGACCUCCUUGACGUCGGUGCAGGUCUGAGUGUGGAGGAGAACAGCAGAACUUCACUGGAAUGGACAUGUGUAACCUCGAAAGGGCUCGUGACUUGCAGAGAGAUGCGUCUGUCUAUACCACUGGAGGAAGAUGGACAAAUCCGCCCUGUGUGUUUGUUAAAUUACAGCUCAGUGCAAAAGUUUGCAUCCCCUCAGAACUUACAGGGGGUCAAAAUAAAAAUAGGGUUUUGUUUGAAACAAUUUUGUUUGGGUUUGUUGUCCUAUUGUGUUUUUAUACACACAUAUAUACACACACACAAUUUUAUAUAUAUAAUUUUUUUUUUCAUUCUUUGUACAGUUCUUGUGUGAUCUUUAUUAUUGUUGCCUGUACAAUUCUUUUUAUUCCUAUUUUUGCAC